AUGCCUUCAACUCCACAACCAAAAGAACACCCGCCUGCUCGAGAUGCGAUCGCGCUCGAGAUGAAAGACAGCUGGAGCCCCGGUGACGAUCGCAGAGAUAGAGGUAGAGUCGACCGAGGAGUUAUUGAAAGACGGUCGAGAAGAUCAAGGUCUCCCACGUCACGUCGACCGGACGCCGACAGGACGCCCAAUACCAGAGAUCGCAGUACUGAUAGGUCCAGACCAACACAAGAAACUGAAAAGCAAGAUCGCAGUCCAGACCGCAGAAGGCCAUCGUCUCCCCGGCCAUCAAAAGAUACUCAAGAAGACGUAUUGAAGCGCAAUCAAGGUAGGGAACUACUAUUGGAAACGCGAGGCACAGAAAUAGCAAAAGGAAAUACAGCCCAUUCCCCCCAACAAUUAAAACGAAGAAAGAGUCGCAGCCCAUCGCCGAGUCGCAACCAACAAAAGAAAAUUCGGAGGAAUUCUCGCAGUCCAGUACGGCACAACGGAGCUACGAAAGGGUCCCGGCGAGAUAGGAAGCGACGAAACCGGUCUACAUCACGACAUCGACAUCGACAAUCAGAACCAAACAGGAAUAAUCAACGCGAGGAAGGAAACCCAAGAAAUCGUAGAGAUUUUGGAAAAAACGAUAAGCGUGGGCGAUCUCCUGGUCAAAACCGCGAUAAAUUUGAAAAGCCUCGUCCCUCAUCAGCCUUGGACUACGACGAUCCACCAUCAAACCGUAAUUCAUCCCCCAACAAAAUUGUCGAGCAAGAACAAAAGGACGGAGGAAAUCCAGCACCAACUUUAUCUGAAAAUAAGGAAAGGAAGCGGGACCCUUCCCCAUACUCGAGCCGUCGAUCCCCAGAGGCAGAUACAUACGAACAUAAAAAUCGUGGUCGUCGUCAAUCUCCCCGUGCACCGAAAGGGCCAAAGGGAAAUCGGAGACGGUCCCCAAAGCGAGAAAAGGGACGUCCCUCACGAGACGAAUAUCGCCCUAAUAAUAAAUCUCGAGGUCGACCUACAUCGGCAGCUUCAGGAGCGAAUAGCAUUGAGGUCAAAUCGGAUAAGAUGGCUAACAGAGGAUUCUAUGGUAAUCAGCAAGGGUACAAUCCAAACCAACAAAUGCAGGCUGCAUUUCCUCUAAAACCACAAUUCAAUCAAGUUACUCAAGGGCCUCAAGCUGAUCCACGACAAUUUUCACAAUCCCCACAACAUCAAAUGACCCCAAAUUCAUAUCAUGGUUCACCUCAGGCACAAUCACCUUAUUCGUCUGGGCGAGGAAAUUGGAAUGGCUCACAGCAACAACAGUUUUCGCCCUCUUCGCAAUUUCAACAGAAUUACCAGCAACAACCGGGAUAUGCUACUCCCACUGGCCCACAAAGCCAAAUGUAUGGCAACCAAGCCCAAUCUCCUUCUCAUCAAGGGCCUCCUACGGGGCCAAUGAACAACAACUUCAGAGGCAACCAACGGAAUUUUAGAGCGAACAAUUUCAACUCCCGAGGUAAUCGUGGCAACCAAUUCAAUCCUCAAUGGAAUCCUCCUUCUGGUCCCUCCGGCGCCAGUCGCGCCCAAUUCACCAAUUCUGGUAACGUUACACCUCAGCAAAUGUCACCGCAACAACAGUUCCCACAGCAGAAUUCAUUUGAUUCGGGUGCAAUUCCAAUGCAGAAUCAGGUGGACGAAAGCGAAGACUUAUUUAGACCUUCAAAAGACCUUCAGGCCGAGGAUACUAGCAAAAAGAAUGAUGAACAAAUGCCUCCUCCUAGUCGACCACCGCCGACAGGGCCUCAAAGUCAACAGAACUCCUCGAAGUUUAGUUUUGCUUUCAAAGGUCCAGCUAAAGCGGCAACUACUCCGAAGCCAGAAAUAUCUCAAAAGCUCAACGCUGUACCAAUAAAGCGAGAUAUGCAAAAUAGCCCUCGUGGCCCCGCAGCGACACGAAAUAUUCCUACAGAGCCAGCAUCUGCAAGAGCACAACACGCAUUCCGUGAACCACCGCCUCCUGUUACGCGUAAGGUCAAAAAGAUUAUGCAACGUUUGAAGCCGAAGCCACAGCUUUUACCCGAAUAUAAGGCAUCAGAUUCUGUGUACUAUCGAAAACCUGGUAAUGAAUCUGUGGUAGGAUCUGGAACUUACGGUAAAGUGUUCAAAGCUAUCCACGUCUACACUAAGAAGCUGGUCGCUUUGAAGAAGAUACGCAUGGAAGGAGAACGCGACGGGUUUCCUGUGACUGCUGUUCGAGAAAUUAAAUUGCUACAAUCCUUGAACCACCCAAACAUCGUGACCUUACAAGAGGUAAUGGUGGAGAAAAACGAUUGCUUUAUGGUUUUCGAGUAUCUAUCACACGAUCUUACGGGCUUGCUCAAUCACCCAUCCUUCAAGUUAGACGCAGCUCACAAAAAGCACCUUGCUAAGCAGCUUUUUGAGGGACUUGAUUACCUUCAUCGACGAGGUGUUUUACACCGGGAUAUUAAAGCAGCAAAUAUCCUUGUUAGUGAUGAAGGUCAACUGAAAUUAGCAGAUUUUGGGCUGGCUCGAUUUUACGCAAAGCGAAGACAGCUGGACUAUACCAAUCGUGUUAUCACCAUCUGGUAUCGUUCACCAGAACUUCUCCUUGGAGAGACACAAUAUGGCCCUGCAGUGGAUAUUUGGAGCGCAGCCUGUGUCUUGGUUGAAAUUUUCACUCGCCACGCAAUUUUUCCUGGAGACGGUGGUGAGAUCAGUCAACUGGAGAAAAUUUAUGCUGUGCUCGGAACUCCAAAUCGAAAUGAUUGGCCUGGCUUAGUAGACAUGGCAUGGUUCGAACUUCUUAGACCUUCUGCUAAACGAUCCAACGUCUUUGCAGAAAAAUACAAGGAACGCGUUACACCAGCUGCGUUUGAACUCCUAGAUGCCAUGUUUCAAUAUGACCCUGCCAAGCGACCUUCUGCUUCUGACGUUCUUGAGCAUCCAUAUUUCACGACGGAAGAGCCAACUGCAAGGCAGGCUAUCGAACUCAAAGAACUCAAAGGCGACUGGCAUGAAUUCGAAUCCAAAGCGUUGCGUAAAGAGAAUGAGCGCAAGGAUAAAGAGGCACGAAGGGCGGCCCAAAAGGAAAAGGAGAAGAAAAGAACUGCAGAAAGUGAAGCCUGUUCUGAAAGAGAUCCAAAGCGAGUAAUGAUGGCACCCCCAGAUAUACCACCGCCAUCUGCCAUACCUAAAGCCCAGGAAGUUGCCGCUUCGAGCGACUAG